GUCCGGCUGUGCCCACUGGGAUCUGGACUGCGAGGAGGAGGCCGAGGAGGAGAUGGAGGUGAAUUUAUGGUGUUUCACUGUGGUUGGGAAGUGCCAGGGUUUGGCUCGAGGGGGAGGCAGCUUGCACAUUUGUGAUGAGCAGCUACCAGUCUACCGAGUGCAGGACAGGGAUCAGCAAUGUCAAUGGGGCUUGGCGAGGCUACUUCAGCUGCUUUAUGGUGGCAGUGCUGAGGCCGAGGCUUCAGCAGACAGGAAGUUGGAUGGCUCUGCUGAAGGCAAAGCAUUGCUGCCCAUUGCCAGGAGUUUGCUGUCACAGGUGGCCUAUGCAAGCCGAAUGCGCAUCGAGUUCCACGACCAGAAAAUCAUGCAUGCGACUGGCAUGGGGUGUUUUGAAGUUACAUUGGAUGGACACCAAGGUCCAUGGAAAGCUUUGGGUGGCUUUGUCGAGAUAGCGCCAGGAGUACAGAAGUUGGCGCAAGCGUCUUCGCUGCUUCCAGAGUCGAUGUGGCGAAGCACUCGCUUGACAUCAAGUAUGUGCACUGGUGUCUAUACUGCAGAGAUGUCUUUGGCCGCAGCUGUCAACAUCAUCAACAGGUCCAAAGUACUUGACUUCCGGGUGGAUAUCAGAUGUGCAGCUGUCUGGGAAAGAGACACACGGUGCCACCAGUCCAUCUACGACAACCACUGGUGGACCAACCGUGUGACCGACUCAGACCAUGAGCUGCCUUGCGUCUUCCUGGACGUGCUGGAACUGUGCCCCCCAGGGGUUUUUGCAAACAGCGAUAGAUUUGCGGAGAAAAAGUUCAAAAUCUAUGCAUCCCCUACCUGCACUCUGCAGCCCUGCUUGACUCAUCACGGUUGCAGCUGUCCAGUCCCUGUUGUUGACUAUGACAUGUCGGGGCUGCCAUGCGUCGACAAUUCCAAGGCCAAGAAAGGUCGGAUGUUUGAAGAGGGCCCCUCGGGUCCAAUUUUCGUACUGUGGGCGGAAGUGGAGGUGGAAGUUGAUGCAGACAUGGCGGAGAAGAAACCAGAGGAGGAGGAGGAGGACGAGGAGGAGGAGGAGGAGGACCUGAAGAUCUCCGUGGUCAUUUCGCUGCUGGGUGACAUGUUCUACAUCUUUCCCAUCUAUGUGGACAUGCAGGACGUUGGCCAUUCCGGGGUGAGCCGGCGCCGUGUGUACACAAUUGUUGCCUUGAAGGAGGCAGUUGACAUCAUCAAAAAUCCCAUAGAAAUGUAUUCCGAGGUGGUGGAUUUCCUCAAUACUUUGAUGGAGUCUUGGGGUGGAGGGACAGUCCCAUCUGAUUACCUCACUGCGGAUGCCACUGAAAUUCAGUUGGAUGCAAUGGAGACGUCCCGUACAUCGGGAAAACUCUUCCGAUCCAACGUCACCGACUUGAGCUACCUCCUGUCAGAGAAUGAGGCAGCAUACAUCAAGGGCUACACUGAGGCUUUCGGUGCUGUCUUUCCCAGUGAGAAAGGACCACCCGGCAUUCCAUGGCCAAGCAUGCCAAUGUUAAGCCCCUAUGAAGCCUACGAUGUCCCACCACCAGUUCCACGUCCAACAGGGAAGGGUGGAAGCCGUAACGGGACAAGCUCGACGGGGGGACGUCGCCGAGAAGCACAACAGAUCUAUGCCCAUUUCUGGGGACAGCUUAAGGAGCAGAUCCUCAAGAACUGCCUGGCUAAAUCUGGAGGCGACUAUGCCAACAAGACCUACCUGGACACCUUGACUGUGGAUACCUUGUUCGCCUAUGCCUGGUUGUACUGGGGCAAGACCAAGGCCAGCCGGUUGACUCCAGAGGAGAAGGAAUCCCCUGGUAAGUUGCCUGACAUGCUGCUGGGUGAGUACAUCCGACGGGGAAGGCCUGGAGAUGGGUUGUCAGCUGGCGAGAUUCAUCUGAUCGCCAUGGCAGCCAUUACAGGGCAGACGUGCUACCGGCUGGAAUGCCGGGAGACCAACGGGGAAAAGAAGUGGAUGUUGGACAAUGGGAUCAAUGAGAAGGACAUCACAGAGGAGCUGGAGGAUGCCUCAGACCACUACGUCUUGAAGGCUGAGGUGACGUCUGGCCGUGCAUACAUGGUGUCGCAAAAGAGCGUGGACCGUGUGAACCCACGCAUGACCUUCUGUGACCUCCACCUCCCGCCUGUGAUCUUGGAUGAGGAGCCCAAUGUGAUGAUGCGACGUCAGGUGGUGACAGGUAUCCUGAGCCCACGCCCUUUGGCUGUUGCUGCUGGCCAUGCUCAUCCUCCCAGUUACCACCCACCCAUUUCCAUGGGGACCGAAGUUGCAGUGCCCAAAGCCCCUGCAGCACUUGUGCCCUUGACGAUGCCUAUGGCAGCCAGACCUGCUGUUCCAGCCAAUGUUGCGUUGAGUGGCACAGCUGGCGCAUAUCCAAUGCCAGGAAUGUCCAUGCCAGGCAAGGUGGAAUGGUUGCGACUUCACUUCUUUGCCAAUGUGGGCUUCCCAAUGCUACUUGUGGUGUUUGUGGGCUGGGUUACAAUCAGCCCAGCCCCACCAGAGAGCAGUGAUGAAGAGAUGGAUGAUGGCAAGGACUUCAGUGUGAAGUGGAGUUCUGAGGUGAAAGCCCAUUUGUUGCUUGACAAGCGUGGUGGACUGAAGCGGGUCCUUGCACGCCGGGAAAGUGGUGGAGCCGAUGAUUGGGUGCUGGGCUUGGAGAAACGUGCAAGCUCGAAGCACUAUGGUGAAUUCUUUGUGGCCUCCCAAUCCAACCAGUGUUCGCCGCAGUGGGUCAACAAGAUUUUCACUCAGAAGGAUGAGGUCCCUGGAUCGCCCAAGUCUACCAUUGCCGAGGCACCAUCCACUCCAUCGGCCCCAACGCCAACUCCUGUUGAGAAGUCGCCCUUGGUCCACAGCCCCUUGGUUGUGAAGAGCACAGCGGCAGAGGGCUUGAUUGCCACGCCCAAGCCACCAGCCCCGGAGGUGGACAAUGUGUACCGCAAGAGGGCGGAAGUGGAGGUGGAAGUUGAUGCAGACAUGGCCGAGGAGAAACUAGAGGAGGAGGAGGACGAGGAGGAGGAGGAGGCCGUGGAGGCAAUGGAUGAGCCAACCAUUACAUUGGAUGGUACCCUGGUGAGUGAGAUCCCGGCUAAGAAGGCCAAGUGUGGUGAUGUUAGCUCAGCUGUUUCUGGGAAAGCCUCUACUGCUGCCACUCCAGAGCCGAAGGCAACCCCGGCCACCAUGAAGGCCACUCCUAAGGCAAGCGCAACCGGCGCAGCUUCGUCAGUUGUUGCGCCGCUUUGUCAAGGCACAUUCAAGGACUUGCCGGUGAAGAGUGCCUGGGCCUGCGGCAGCAGGUGUGAGAACAUGCCAACCAUGGCAUCCGACCUUGUCUACCUGCAGGCCAUCAACACCGCCAACAAUGCAGCUCUGGACAGGGACCUGCUUAUGUAUGCUCCAGCACAGCGUUUGACUUACACAACAGAGGACAUGACCUUGAACCCUAUCUCAGCAAAGGACCGUUGCCUGUUGAAAGGGGUUGGUGACAACGAAAAGGUCCAAGUCAAGGCUUGGAAAAUGCUGGCAUUGAAGUUGCGGGUUUGGUUCGACUCGGACCAGUAUCUGGGGGGAUCCAAUUUCAUGGCCAAGCAGGAGGCCUGCAACCGCUACAUUGCCAAACAUCAAAAUGAUCAGGUGAAAUGGCGUGAGCUCUCUGAAAGCAUGGCCCAUGACAGUGGAAAAGAAUUGGACUCCGAUGACAUUAUGGGAACUAUCCGGGAAUUGUCAUCUUCCAGUGCAGUGGAAGCCCGUGGUGACUACGCAGUACGAAACAAAGGUUGGUUCCAGCUGACACAACGAUGCCGCAGCCUGGUAUCUGAGUGGACCAUCAAUGAGGAACUUUUGAGAAUGGUCAGAGAUGAUCAGGCCAAUCAGGGUGCAGCUGGUGGUGAGCCGCCUGGUGACGAUGGCCAGGAUGUUGAAAUGGAGGGAGAAGAGGGGGGCGAAGAUGGCGACAACCCCCAAACGAAAAGAGCUUUCAAUGCUUGGCGAAGUAAGUUCAAAAACACUGUCCACUGCUGUGUUGCUCUCUAUGAUGACAGGGACCUCCAGCUACGUAUCAACAUGUUGGCGGUGACCAGCCAGUAUGUAUCUGGUGAGUUCUACAAGUACUUGGAGAUUCAACGACAGGGUCAGGAAGCUCAGUUGCGAUGGGCAGCCUCCCAUGCAGGGGGCCUUUGGUUCCGAACAGUUCUGUCAACACUACGCAUGAUCCACACAGCCGAGUUCAUUUCCCAAAUGCGGCUCACCCCUGCCUUGCCAUCAGGGCCAAUUGAUGCUGAAGCGACCUGGGCAAUUCAGGAGCAGAGAUUGCUUGAGGAAGCUUGGGAAGUAUUGCUCCAACUCGCAGCUGCAAGGUUGCAGCUCCCUUUGGAAACCAUCCAAGUUGGCAGAAAUUGUGGUUUUGAUUGUGAUGACCCAGAGAUGAGGAUGCAGGUUCAAGAGCACUGGGGCACAGCAGGAACUUUGGCAGACAUGAGGAUGACCGCUGCCACUGCCACCCUUUUGAGAUGUCAAGCUGACGAUUUUGAUCGGCUGCAAGACCUGUGGACAGGGUGUUUCUUCCUUCCCGGGCUGGUGGUCAUGAACGGGGAGCAAGACGCAGCUUCCCUUUGCUUGGGGUUCAGAACAUGGGCUGCUCAAUCUGUGCCACUGGACAUUCACAAGGGGCCCAACAACCAGGUGUUCUUCACUGUCCCAGAGCUACCAGAUUCCUCCGAAGUAUGCUCAGCCCAUUGGUUGUUCAACAGGUCGGCCAGUGCAGAGGAUGAUACUUAUCUUGCUUGCAGUGUGAAGCCUGUGGCACCACUUUUUCUACCAUCAGAUUGCCGAGACCAUGUUUGCAUUCUCCAACCUUCCUCUCCAAUUGAACCAUUGGUCCUGGCCGCACUCCGGUCCGGAAGAUGCCUACUCACCAUCAAGGAGAUCAGAGUUAUUGCAGCGAGCAAUCGGGUAGCCGCACCAACCGAGGGAUCUGGGAGGGCAAACAAAAGAGGAGUCAAAAGUGUUUUGAAGGUGGACUGGGCAAAAGCUCUUGUUGCCAAGAUGUUUCCACACGACAGUGCAGAGGAACAGGAACGAAUUGUGAGAGGCAUCAUGGGAACUCGUGGUUCCAGUGUUUCUGAGGAGGAUGUUGAUCAACUGUGCAACGAACUUGAGCUGCUGGACGAGGAAAACCAACAUGCUUUUGCAGGUCUGAAAGGCAUGGCCGACAAGGUGAGGACGAAACUUUUGGAGGAGAAUGUGAGAAAGGAGAUUGAAGGCCAAGGACGAGGUACCAGUGCAGCACCAUACGCUGCCAAGAAAUAUUUCACACCAGUCGAGUUGCCCACACUGGACAUGUGCAAACGCACUGUGGCCAAUCAGGGUGCAGCUGGUGGUGAGCCGCCUGGUGACGAUGGCCAGGAUGUUGAAAUGGAGGGAGAAGAGGGGGGCGAAGAUGGCGACAACCCCCAAACGAAAAGAGCUUUCAAUGCUUGGCGAAGUAAGUUCAAAAACACUGUCCACUGCUGUGUUGCUCUCUAUGAUGACAGGGACCUCCAGCUACGUAUCAACAUGUUGGCGGUGACCAGCCAGUAUGUAUCUGGUGAGUUCUACAAGUACUUGGAGAUUCAACGACAGGGUCAGGAAGCUCAGUUGCGAUGGGCAGCCUCCCAUGCAGGGGGCCUUUGGUUCCGAACAGUUCUGUCAACACUACGCAUGAUCCACACAGCCGAGUUCAUUUCCCAAAUGCGGCUCACCCCUGCCUUGCCAUCAGGGCCAAUUGAUGCUGAAGCGACCUGGGCAAUUCAGGAGCAGAGAUUGCUUGAGGAAGCUUGGGAAGUAUUGCUCCAACUCGCAGCUGCAAGGUUGCAGCUCCCUUUGGAAACCAUCCAAGUUGGCAGAAAUUGUGGUUUUGAUUGUGAUGACCCAGAGAUGAGGAUGCAGGUUCAAGAGCACUGGGGCACAGCAGGAACUUUGGCAGACAUGAGGAUGACCGCUGCCACUGCCACCCUUUUGAGAUGUCAAGCUGACGAUUUUGAUCGGCUGCAAGACCUGUGGACAGGGUGUUUCUUCCUUCCCGGGCUGGUGGUCAUGAACGGGGAGCAAGACGCAGCUUCCCUUUGCUUGGGGUUCAGAACAUGGGCUGCUCAAUCUGUGCCACUGGACAUUCACAAGGGGCCCAACAACCAGGUGUUCUUCACUGUCCCAGAGCUACCAGAUUCCUCCGAAGUAUGCUCAGCCCAUUGGUUGUUCAACAGGUCGGCCAGUGCAGAGGAUGAUACUUAUCUUGCUUGCAGUGUGAAGCCUGUGGCACCACUUUUUCUACCAUCAGAUUGCCGAGACCAUGUUUGCAUUCUCCAACCUUCCUCUCCAAUUGAACCAUUGGUCCUGGCCGCACUCCGGUCCGGAAGAUGCCUACUCACCAUCAAGGAGAUCAGAGUUAUUGCAGCGAGCAAUCGGGUAGCCGCACCAACCGAGGGAUCUGGGAGGGCAAACAAAAGAGGAGUCAAAAGUGUUUUGAAGGUGGACUGGGCAAAAGCUCUUGUUGCCAAGAUGUUUCCACACGACAGUGCAGAGGAACAGGAACGAAUUGUGAGAGGCAUCAUGGGAACUCGUGGUUCCAGUGUUUCUGAGGAGGAUGUUGAUCAACUGUGCAACGAACUUGAGCUGCUGGACGAGGAAAACCAACAUGCUUUUGCAGGUCUGAAAGGCAUGGCCGACAAGGUGAGGACGAAACUUUUGGAGGAGAAUGUGAGAAAGGAGAUUGAAGGCCAAGGACGAGGUACCAGUGCAGCACCAUACGCUGCCAAGAAAUAUUUCACACCAGUCGAGUUGCCCACACUGGACAUGUGCAAACGCACUGUGGAGCUCUUCCAGGGUU